AUGCUGCAAAUCCAAGCCAAGAUCAGAGAGGCGCGCGCUUACGAGCGGGAGACUGCUCUGUACGAGAAGUACACGCAGGAUGUCGUCAAAGCCAGGCGGUGCAUCAGCCAGUCCGAUAAGUUGGGCGAGUUGGCCAACGAGUUCGGGGAGUCUCUCGCGAAGGAGGAGAAAGAGGCGUUGUGGGUGGAAAUCAACGCGGCGGACGAGCCGCAUGUGCCUGAUGGCCAUGGGGGUUGA